AAAUGCAAAAAAACAAAACAAUGCACAUACAUGUGGUCGUAAAAGUUUUGCACGAAUUAGGAAAGAAAUAGAAAAUGAAACUGGGAAAGAGCCGGAUCGUCUUACAAUGUGGGAUGCAACUCAUAAAAAGAAAGAUGGUAGCUAUGUAAAUGAAGAAUUUAGAAAGAAAUUGGAAGCAGCACAUGAUCUCCAAGUUAGUUACACAAGCUCAAGUGCAAAUUUUGAACAAAAUGAAAUCAAUGAAAUGGUAUUUCAAAAGAUUUAUGGAGCUGAACAUAAUGGUAGGGUGCGUGGUUUGGGAUUAGGCCCUACUCCAAGUAGGUAUUUUAGUGUCAUAUCGAAAUUCACUAGCACAAGUGCUUCAACUACUGACAACAAUCAUAAAGCGGAGUUGGAGAAUGUUAAAUUAGAAUUGGCUGAGAUGAAGGAUAAAUAUGAGAAGCUAAGCUCAGAUUUGGCUGAUAUGAAGGAGUUAUUUGGAGGCUUUAUGGCUGAACGAAGUUUAAAUGAUAGGAUGUCUAAAGCACCCGCCGAGGAAGUUGAAGAUGUUGCAUCUGUUGACUGAUAUCACUGGACAAAAUCUAAACAUCAUGUGGCUCAAGAGAUUUUGGAGAAUUCAUGUUUAAAGAUCAAGA